CCGCCCCCCCGGCGCAGUCCUGCCCGCCCGCCUGCGCGCCGUGCGGGGCGGCCGUGCGCGGAGGGGGGGCGCGGAGCGGAGCAUGGCGCGGGCGGCGCCGGGGCUGCCGCUGCGGCUGCUGCUGCUGGGCGGCCUCCUGCUGCGGGGUGGCGGCGCGGCGGCGGGGGUCGAGCCGUGCCAGGCGCCGCGGCAGUGGGAAGGGCGCACCGUGUCCUACGAGCACGGCACGGGCCGCAACACGCGGGCCGCCGUCUCCUACGACGGCCCCAACCAGCGCCUCCGCAUCCUGGAGGAGAGGAAGGCGCUCAUCCCCUGCAAGAAAUUCUUUGAGUAUAUAUUGCUCUACAAAGACGCAGUGAUGUUUCAGAUUGAACAAGUCACAAAGCUUUGCUCAAAGAUUGCUCUGACAGAGCCAUGGGAUCCAUAUGAUAUUCCUGCCAAUUCAACUUAUGAAGAUCAAUACUACAUUGGGGGACCUGGAGACGAAAUUAUGGUACAGGAAUGGUCGGACAGAAAACCAGCCAGGAAAUUGGAAUCCUGGGUCGGCGUUUACACGGUCAAAGACUGUUACCCAGUACAGGAAACCUAUACGAAGAACUACAGCGUGACAACCUCCACUCGCUUUUUUGAUCUACAGCUGGGCAUUGCUGACCCCUCAGUGUUCACCCCACCCAGCACCUGCCAGACAGCCCAGGCAAGGCUGAUGAAACAUGAAUGCUGAUUAUGGACGCUGGCUGUCCCCAGCAAGCAAAUAUUAACCAAGAGGUUUGUUAUUAAUAGUCAGCUGCUGACGUCUAACCUGAUUUUUCAAGCUUAUUAUUGCUCUUUUGGGAAUUGUUAAGUUUUCACUUGAAAGAGAACAUAAACAUUUCACUGAGUAAAAUAUGUAACACAAAAGAUCUCUUUCAUUACAUUAAUCUGUUCGGUGAUGCACUUGCAGUAUUAUAUAGUUACCACUAAGAUAAUAUUUAUCGAUACUAUUUAUGUAAGCUGUGGCUGAUUUUCCUUUUGUGAAGGUUUCAUUAUUUAUUUUUUCAAGAAGACAAAGCAUAAGCAGAUUGUGAUAAUGGUAACAUCUAGAAGGAAAAGCUAAAUUUGGUUGUUGCUGUUGUUACUUCUGGGGACUUGAAGGGAAGGGAAAAUAUGUCCUGGGUAUUAGGGGUAUAAAGAGAUAUGUCCUGGGCACAAGGUAUAAAGACCUCGUCCUUAACCAAAAAAUAUCCUGUUUGAAUAAUGUACGUCAAAAGUAUGGAAAUCCAUUCUCUUGGUUUUGUUUUGCUUUGUGUUUUUUGCUUUUUGCUCUUCAGGAAGCUGGUAGUCUAGUGUUUGAGCUGAUUUUUUCUCUAUGAAAAGAAACGGCAGUAGCCCUAUUCAUAUAAUGCUACCCGACAUGCACAAAAUACGUUUUCUGUUUCUUGAGAGAAUGGUGUGAAAUGAAGAGAAGAAGGGAGAAUGAAGAGAAGGAGGGAGAGGUACACCCCCAAAAAAGUAAGCUACAGUUUUCUUGGAUUUACUACACUUUUAGUGAAGGGUUCCAGUAGGGUGCAGUGAGAUAUGUUUCAGUCAUGUUCUACUUUAGCACCAAUUUUUCAAGGCAAUACUAGUUUUAACCUAUGCAAAGACAUUAAGAGAUACUGCACUCUAAAGAGCUUUAAUAUUUUGUAACCGUUUUCAAAAGUCCUUACUCAAAGAGUAUGGAAAUACCUUUGUAAUUCCAGGUAGAUGUGCAAAAAAGCCGUUCUUAGUGUAUAAUUAGUAGAGGCUAAAUCAGCGUGCUCACAGUGCCAGGUGAUCCAGAUGGAGUGAACAGGGCUGUGUGACCGCUGUGGGGAGGUGGGAGGAGGAAUCAGAGGGAGAGGGAGAGAUGUCCUCUGUGCAGCGUGGCUGCAAGGCACUGCAAUCUAAGCAAAAAUUACAAUCUUGCUUUCUUUUGCACCCACUCCAUUGAUGCCUGCCUUAUUUGCUGUUCCAUCAGCAUCUCAAACCGUAUUAUCUCCACAUCCUUUUCUGUUGGGAAAGUGAAAGUUUCCUUAAGGGGAAUAAAUAAAUAACCAAAAAAGUGCGGGAAGCACACAUAUUUUGCUUCAGAAAAUUCAAACCAAAUCUUCAUGCACCUUCAGGCCUUUGGAAGUGUGGAGUGGGGAUGGCUUUUGCACUUCUACAAAAUAAAAUUAAUUGGCUUAUUCUGUAAGUGUAGGCAUGCACUUUAUUUAUUAUUUGCAAAUAAGUUUAAAGCCAGAUUCUUGUCCUCUUAUAUGUGUUGGGUAGUUGUUUGCUCCAGAAGUUCUGUGGCUGAAAACAGUGCAAUACUGGGAAGUUUGGUGUCCCUGGAGGAGAGAUCCUGGGCAGGCUUUUAGUGCUUUAUAUGCUCAUAGCUUUUGGUACAUAAGCAAGUGGUACAGUGGUUAUUUUGCUUUCACAGUUCUGGUCAGAAUGGCAUUUUACUUUGCCUCGUGCCUAAUGAAAGCAUAUAGACAUACCUGCUAAAAUUUAGGUAGUUCAGUAGAAAUUUUCUCUUGGAUGUGACCAUUUCACUGAAACACGCUGAUGGAAAGAAGGAUUUGGUUUCAUUGAAUUUAGAGUGCGUUUAGUCUGUACUCGCCUUCUGUAUUUUUUGUGACAACCUAAAUGCUAACUGCAUAUUGUUCUUAUUAGGGCAAUGAUUAACAUGCAUUUCUUAAUAUCUGUGUCUUGUUAGAAUCUGGAAAAUAUAAUAAAUCUGGCUAGCAAACAUGACGCUGUGGUACUGUAUAGCUUGGGAUGACUUUGUUGUGGUAAAGCAGAUAGCUGAGUAAUCAGGCUGUUUAAAUUAUGUUUUGCUGACAGUGAAUCCAUUUCUAGCAAUAACAUUAAACGUUCUUUUAAAUAUGAAUUUUGAAAAGUCUGCUACACAGAAGUGCUUUAAAAAUCUUGCCGUGAUAUACAGGGCAAUUUUAUAUGGCUAAAUGUGUACAUCUAAAACAAUGCUGUUGUCUUCUUAUUUAUGCUUUACAAAUUCAAUAAAGAGAGUUGUCAAAGA